GCGUUCUCCAAACGAGAGACACUCCGUGUUGUGUACGGAACAGAAGACAAAAAGAAGAUCCUCUUCUCUUGGUCCCCCGGCUUGGUUCACUUUACCGAUCUCUCUCACCUCCUUCUUCCGCGUCUUCCAACAUGGAGGACAGUUACACGGUGCACAGGCGUCGCAAGGCGGCGGCGAGGAGGCGCGAGAAAACGCCGGACCCGGCAUCGAGGAACCAACAGCUGGUGGAGACGUCAGAUGACGAGGAGGGAACGAGGAGAGCUAGAAUGGAGCGGAUGGCCGAGGACGCCGAAAGAACCGAGCUAGAGGAGCGGGAGAGAAAGAGGAAGUUGGAGGAGCAAAAGGUGGAGGAGGAGAGAAAGGGUACGAUUAAGGUUGAAGAGAUCGCUGGUGGUAGGAAGAAGAGUUCGCCGUUGAAGGAAGCAUGUGAGAAUGACGCGGAAGCUCGGUCGGUAAGGAAGGAAGCUACUAAAAUAGAAACAGGAAGUCCCGCGAAGGAGGAGACGAAGAGCGGCGAGGUGUUGGCUAAGGAGAGGUAUCAGGAUGCUAUACCUAAGUCGAAAGAGAUCGACGCUGAUCAACCUGCGGAAGGACCGCGCAAGGUGGAGAGACGAUUGAAGAAGAAAUCGAAGGAACGUGUGGAGAAACACGGACAGUCUACGGAUUCCAGCGACACCGAAGAGAUAGACAAGCAUACGAGAAGAACGAAAUCGCCGGAAGGAGGUAAGGUUAGAGCGAAGAAGAGUAGUUCGAAGAGAAUGGUCACUGACGAAACUGACGCUAAGAAGGACGCCGUUGAGAAACCUCCGCGGGAGAAGAAGCCGAGUAAACAGAAGGUGGAGGAAGCGGAGGUGACGGUGAAACCGGAGAGAAGACGUUCCAGGAGAUUCAGCCAGACGGACGACACCGACGAGGAUCCGAAAAUGAAGAAGAGCGAGACGUUCCCUAAACAGACCACCGAGGAGAUCGUGAUGAAGAGAUCGUUGUCGGACGUGAAGAAACAGAUAAUUCCGUUGAGCAACGAGAGUCUUAUCCAGGAUUUCGCCAAGGCGCAGCAGGAGUAUCUGAAGAGAGAGCGUAGUAUCCUCGAUCCUGAAACUCUGGACGUCUACGACGACGCUCGAGAGGAGACUGUGUUGAGAAGAAGAAAAUUCAGCAUGCCUCUGACGGAGACGGAGCAAGAUGCCGUCGAGAAAUCUAUAGAAAAAUCGAAGGAACCGGAGAAGAAGAGAUCCUGGUUCUCCUGGCUUCCUUUCUUCCGCAAGAAGGAAAAAGUCGAAGAGGAAGAACCGAAGAAAGUCGUCGAACCACCGAAACGUACGGAAACAAAAUUCGUAGAGAUAUCGAAGCUGGAGAAGGUCACUUUCAUGGACUUCCUGCGAGCGCUGAGAGACGUGGUCGCUGAAUUCAAGGCUUUCGUUGCGCAAAAUCCGCGCGAAGCUCGAACAAUGAGAUUGUUGAGGAAUCGUUGUCUGUCGGAACUGUUGCUGGUCAUGAUCUACUGCGGCUUAGGCGCGUUCGUCUUCCGGUUCACCGAGGGAGCAUUCGAGACGUUCUACAAGUGCGGCGUGAAACGGGUGAAGCGAGAUUUCCUGGACAAUUUGUGGAACUACAGUCACAAUUUGAAGGAGGAAGACUGGAAGAGCAUGGCUCGCCGGAAGUUGAUGGAAUUCGAGGAACAGCUGCACAACGCGCACGAGGCCGGUCUUCAUAGUUACAGCGGUCAAAGAAGCUGGAGCUUCUUGAACGCUGUGGUUUACUGUUUGACCGUCAUAACCACUAUCGGAUACGGCCACAUUUCACCGAGUACCAACACAGGAAGAGCCAUCACAAUCGUUUACGCUAUCUUCGGUAUCCCGAUGUUUCUGAUAAUACUGGCUGACUUUGGCAAGUUGUUCACACGUGGUAUCAAGUUCCUCUGGGCGUUUGUGAGGAGGCUAUACUAUACCGGAAGUUGUCGUAAAGUUCGUCGAACCGUACCUGUCCAGGAGGUGAUGAAAGGCGUGCAAUUGGUGUACGACCUAGCAACGUUCAAAGGGCCGUCGCAGAUCAAUCCAGAGAAUAUCGAGGAGAUGCAGAAGCAGGCGCAGCAGUCGCAAACAGUGAUGAAUUUGGACGGGAACGUGCCGGAUUCACCAGGAACACCGGCUAUGUCCGCGUUCGCCGUAGACGACGAAUUCAAUCUACCAAUCUCCGUGGCCAUUUCCAUUCUACUCGGUUACAUCUUCAUCGGGGCGACUUUGUUCUGCAUGUCGGAGGGUUGGGGCUUCUUCGAGAGCUUCUACUUCGUCUUCAUCUCCAUGAGCACUAUCGGCUUCGGCGAUUACGUGCCAAAGAUGCAUCCCAUAUACAUGAUGUGUUCGAUAAUAUACCUGGUGUUCGGCCUGUCUCUCACGUCCAUGUGCGUCAACGUUGUACAGGUGAUGCUCUCAGACACGUUCAAGAAAGCAAGUGAGAAAAUUGGCGCUACGAUCGGUUUCGAGAUCCCCGAGGAGGACGGUUCGAUGAAUCCAGCGGUUCCUCCACCUGUAGAAGUUGCAGACGUCCACGCAGUCGUCAAGGAAUCCGAGAGCGACGAGAAGAUCGCGCCUAAAGCCAAACAGGAGGACGUCGACUUAUAGAAACUUACCGAAGAAAAGCAACAACAAAAAAAAUAUAAAAAAAAGAGGAAAAACAAAAAGUAUAGCUAAGAAUUAUUCGAUCGAUCGCUGCGUUCGCACAACGAGCACCACAAAAGCACCAGAAGACGUCUCGUUCUCGUCACAGCGGCGAAUCAUGACGAGUGGAAAAGAAACGAAAUCGGCAAAAAAAAAAGAAAAAAAAAAAGAAAGAAGAAAGAACUA